CCUGCUCUACCACAGUUAUACGACCUUGUGAGUCGCCGCACGUGGAAAGUUGGGACGGUGGGAUGGGUUCUUGCCGGUAUUUUAUCACUACCCCGAUAUUCUACGUCAAUGCCGGCCCACACCUCGGCCAUCACCACACUGUGGUGCUAGCUGAUUCGCUGCACAGACUACACAGGCUGCUUGCUCCGAGUAGCCCUACAAUAUUUUCUACGGGCACAGAUGAACAUGGUCUGAAGAUACAGCAAGCUGCUUCUAAAGCCAAGCAAGAUGAACUGUCUUUCUGCAACAGAAUAUCAAAACAGUUCAAGGACCUCUUUGACAGCACUGGCAUCACAUACACCGACUAUGUUCGAACAACAGAAGAAAGGCAUAAAGCAUGUGUCAGACAUUUUUGGGAAGUGCUGCAGAAGAAAGAGCACAUAUACACUGGUACAUACAAGGGAUGGUAUUCAACCCAAGAAGAGCUAUUUCUCUCUGAUUCUGAGAUCAAAGAGGUUCCAAAAGAAGAUGGAACUCCACAAAAAAUAAGCAUAGAGUCUGGCCACCCUGUAGAAUGGAUGGAAGAGAAGAACUAUGUCUUCCGCCUUUCCCGGUUUCAAGAUGACUUAAUUCAUUGGCUGAAAUCCCCAGGUGUUGUCAAGCCAGCCAAGUUCCAAGACCUCCUGGUACACUGGAUUAGGGCAGGACUCCAAGACCUGUCUGUAUCCAGACAGAGCUCACGUGUCAAGUGGGGCAUCAUGGUUCCAGGGGAUGAGACACAGACUAUAUAUGUAUGGCUCGACGCUCUAGUCAACUACCUCACUGUCAGUGGUUACCCAGGCCCAAACCACAGUUGGCCUCCGGACUGCCAUGUUAUCGGAAAGGACAUCUUAAAAUUUCAUGGCAUCUACUGGCCGGCUUUCUUAAUAGCAGCUGGGCUGGAGCCACCACGGAGUAUCCUCUGUCACUCACAUUGGACAGUUAACAACGAAAAGAUGUCGAAAAGCAAGGGCAAUGUCUUGUGUCCUGUGAAGAAAGUGGACAAGUACACUGCUGACGGCAUCCGGUACUUUCUACUCAGAGAAGGUGUUCCACAUUCGGAUGGCAAUUUCAACAGUGUCAAGGUUCAGCGACUGCUGAAUGCUGAACUGGCUGACACCCUUGGAAAUCUGCUAAGCAGAUGCACGGCCCCCCUGGUGAACAAGCAGCAGAUAUUCCCUGCCUACAACAGCAAGAGCUUUGAAGAGUUGCCAGACGGUCAGAAAGUCCUCGUGGAACUGCAAGGUCUUCCUGACAAAGUGAAGGCAAGGUACCUUGAAGGCAACAUCUACCAAGGCCUCGACGAGGUGAUGCACGUUCUGCGGCGGACGAACGCCGUCGUUCAAGAUGCCAAACCCUGGGAGCUGGCCAAGUCUCCGGAUGCUGGACAUCGUUUGGAUGCUGUGUUGCACAUGGCCCUCGAAGUGCUCAGGGUGUCCGCCAUCGUUCUGCAGCCCGUGAUUCCGGUGCUUUCGACAAGGAUCCUGGACAAGCUGCAAGUCGGCGGCGACGAACGAACGUGGUCCUGCGCCGAGACUCCCGACGUCCGACAGAGGCCGCUCACGACAGACAAGACGCACGUGUUUUCUAGGCUUCGAACUGCGAGCACGUAACUUUUCAAGGUUAGUUUUAGGACAAAUAAAGGGUUGUAGAUAGUG